GGAAGUGCUGUGCACGAAUAAAGUUGUGGGAGUGCAAAGGAAGGGAAACCCACCCAAACUUUCUGGGAAGCCCCCUCUCUGCAAGAAGCCAUGGGCUGCUGUCUGCAAUGAAAAAGAUGAUCCUUCCCAGCAGCUGCUGCGUCUGCAUGGGGCUACUUUUAGCCUCUUUCUUGCCAGGCUGUUGGAGCACAGAAGUCUGCACGGGCGCUGACAUGAAGCUGCUGCGUCCCUCCAGCCCCGAAAACCACUACGCCACCCUCAGCCGCCUCUACCAGGACUGCCAGGUGGUGCAGGGCAACCUGGAGAUCACCUACCUGGGGCCAGAUGCCGACAUGUCCUUCCUCAAGGAUAUCAAGGAGGUCCAGGGCUACGUGCUGAUUGCGCAGAAUCAAGUGAGCCGCGUGCAGCUGGAGAGCCUGCGCAUCAUCCGGGGCACCCAGCUCUAUGAGGAGAAAUACGCCCUGGCCGUUCUCGCCAACUCCGACCCCACUGGGACGGUGGGGCUGCAGGAGCUGGGCAUGAGGCAUCUGACAGAGAUCCUGAAGGGCGGGGUGCACAUCGAGGGCAACCCCCAGCUGUGUUUCCAGGAGACGAUCCUGUGGGGCGACAUCUUCCACAAACACAACGACCUGGCCCUGCACCAGCAGAUCAACAGCAGCAGGGAGAGGACGUGUGCUGACUGCCGACACUUCUGUUCCCAAGGGCACUGCUGGGGGGAAGGGCCGCAGUACUGCCAGACACUGACCCAAAGCAUCUGCGACGGGUGCCCCAGGUGCAAGGGCACGAAGCCCACGGACUGCUGCCACGAGCAGUGCGCGGCGGGCUGCACUGGGCCCAAGCACUCGGACUGCCUGGCCUGCCUGCACGUCAACCGCAGCGGGAUCUGUGAGCUGCACUGCCCACCCCUCUUUAUCUACAACUCGGACAUCUUCCAGUCGGUGCCCAACCGGGACGGGCGCUACACCUUCGGAGCCAGCUGUGUCAGGAAGUGCCCCUACAAUUACCUGGCCACAGAGGUGGGCUCCUGCACGCUGGUGUGUCCCCAGGACAACCAGGAGGUGAGCACCGACAGUGUGCAGAAGUGUGAGAAAUGCAGCAAGCCUUGCCCGGAAGGCUGCUACGGGUUGGGCGUGGAUUUCUUGAAGGGCGUCCGAGCCGUCAACUCCUCCAACAUCCAGCACUUUGCCCACUGCACCAAGAUCUUUGGCAGCCUGGCCUUCCUGCCUGAGACCUUCACGGGGGAUCCUGUCACCAACACUGCACCCUUGAAGCCAGAGCAGCUCAAGAGCUUCGGGAGCCUGGAGGAGCUGACAGGCUUCUUAUACAUCGAGUCCUGGCCAGAGACCUUCCCAGACCUGAGCAUCUUCCAGAACCUCCGGAUCAUCCGAGGCCGAGUGCUUCACAAUGGUGCCUACUCCCUGACGCUGCAGAACCUGUCCAUCGUCUCACUGGGCCUGCGUUCCUUGCAGGAGAUCAGCAGCGGGAUGGUGCUGGUCCACCAGAACCCCAACCUCUGCUUCCUCCAGAAGGUGCCCUGGGAAGCCAUCUUCAGGAACCGGCGCCAGACGCUGUUCCAGACUAACAACAAGCCUGUGGAGCAGUGUGAGAACGAGGGGCUGGUGUGCUUCCACCUCUGUGCCAAGGGGCAGUGCUGGGGGCCAGGCCCGACGCAGUGCGUGGCCUGCGAGCAGUUCCUGCGCGGGCAGGAGUGUGUGGAGUCCUGCAACCUUCUGGAUGGGGCCGUCCGGGAACACGUCAACGGGACCCGCUGCCUCUCCUGCCACCCCGAGUGCCUGCCCCAGAAUGGCACGGAGACCUGCCAUGGAUCGGAGGCGGACCAGUGCAUGGCCUGCGCCCAUUACAGAGAUGCCCAGUACUGCGUGGAGAGGUGCCCAAGUGGGGUGAAGGCCGAUUCCUCCUUUGUGCCCAUCUGGAAGUAUCCGGAUGAACAUGGUGUCUGCCGGUUGUGCCCCACCAACUGCAGCCACUCGUGCACGAUCCGGGAUGAAGACGGCUGCCCCAUGGAUCAGAAGCCGAGCCAGGUGACGUCCAUCAUAGCCGGUGUGGUUGGCGCCCUCCUGGCCCUGGUCUUGAUCCUGAUCAUCGUCGUGUGCAUUAAGCGGAGGCGGCAGCAGGAGCGGAAGCACGCCAUGCGGCGCCUCCUGCAGGAGACCGAGCUGGUGGAGCCGCUGACGCCCAGCGGGGCCCUCCCCAAUCAAGCCCAGAUGCGGAUCCUGAAGGAGACUGAGCUGAAGAAAGUGAAAGUGUUGGGCUCUGGGGCCUUUGGCACCGUGUAUAAGGGCAUCUGGAUCCCCGACGGCGAGAGCGUGAAGAUCCCCGUGGCCAUUAAAGUCUUGAGAGAGAACACGUCGCCCAAGGCCAACAAGGAGAUCCUGGACGAGGCCUAUGUGAUGGCAGGCGUGGGCAGCCCCUACGUCUCCCGCCUUCUGGGCAUCUGCCUCACCUCCACGGUGCAGCUGGUCACCCAGCUCAUGCCCUACGGCUGCCUGCUGGACUACGUGCGGGAGAACAAGGACCGCAUCGGCUCCCAGGACCUGCUCAACUGGUGUGUGCAGAUUGCAAAGGGGAUGAGCUACCUGGAGGACGUGCGGCUGGUGCACCGGGACCUGGCUGCUCGCAACGUCCUGGUGAAAAGCCCCAACCACGUGAAAAUCACGGACUUCGGCCUGGCCCGGCUGCUGGACAUUGAUGAAACAGAGUACCACGCGGACGGGGGGAAGGUUCCCAUCAAGUGGAUGGCUCUGGAGUCCAUCCUGCGCAGGAGAUUCACACACCAGAGCGAUGUCUGGAGCUACGGAGUGACUGUCUGGGAGCUGAUGACUUUUGGUGCCAAGCCAUACGACGGGAUCCCAGCCCGAGAGAUCCCUGACCUCCUGGAGAAGGGAGAGCGGCUGCCCCAGCCUCCCAUCUGCACCAUCGAUGUCUACAUGAUCAUGGUGAAAUGUUGGAUGAUCGACUCGGAGUGUCGCCCCAGGUUCCGGGAGCUGGUCACCGAGUUCUCCCGUAUGGCAAGGGACCCACAGCGCUUUGUGGUCAUCCAGAAUGAUGACAUGAUGGGGCCAGCCAGUCCCAUAGACAGCACCUUCUACCGUGCCCUGCUGGAGGAGGAGGACAUGCAGGAUUUGGUGGAUGCUGAGGAGUACCUGGUCCCUCACCAGGGUUUCUUCAAUGCAGACCCCGCCACCAGCUACCGCAGCCGGAUCCCUUCCACCAGGAGCACGACAGAGACCCAGGUGGACGCGGAGGAGGCAGAGGACUCGGCCCACUACCCAUACCUGGGCCAGGCUCUCUUGGAGCAGUCGGAGGGGCCCACUCCCGACAUGUUCGACAGGGACUACGUGGCGAGCAAAGCCCUUCAGAGCCCGCCUGUGCGGGAGGCCAGCACCCUCCAGCGCUACAGCGAGGACCCCACCAGCGUCUCAAGUGACAAGAACGAGGGGCCGGAAUCAGAGAGUUACAGCAGCCCGGCAUCCUGCAGCAUAGCUCCAGAGUACGUGAACCAGACGGAGGAUUGCCUCUCGCCUAGUAAGCACCAAAGAUCCCAGGUGUCCACGCUGGAGAAGCCCAAGGGACAUCUGGGGAAGAACGGGCUAAUCAAGGAACCAAAGAACCCUUUCCAAGGCAGCUUCGCCAAUGCAGUGGAGAAUCCAGAGUACCUGACCCCACACGACCUUUCCUUGGCGAGUGCUUUCACACAGGCCUUUGACAACCCAUACUACUGGAACCAGGACCCUUCCAAAGUCAACCCUGCCGAACCGGGCUCCACAACCAAUGGCUUCACCACGACUCCGACUGCCGAGAAUCCAGAGUACCUCGGCCUCACUGCGUCCAUCACGCCGCCCAAGGACACAUCAGAUUAACGGCCGUGCCUGGUCAGCAGAGGAAGCUAUUUCAGCCAAGGCAGCUUGGAUAUGUAUCAAUGUAUGAAUGGUAACAAUUCAGUUAUGCAGCAUGCGGGAGUCCUGUAAUGAAGAAUAGCACCAAGGCCCGUAACUAUUGCUCAAAGGCAGCUCUGCCAGUCCUCUUAAGACUAGAUCUGGUUGAAGAUUGGCGAUGACCUGGAAGGACGGAACAGGGCUGGUCCAUGCCUCGUUCCAGCGAGCAUGUAAGGACUGAGCACUGCUUUCAAACAAGCCGGUCCUUCAUUUAUCUAUGCAACCAGAUUCAUUUUGACAAAUACCUUGGUGUCUAUGGAAAACAUGGGACCUACGGGGUCUCUUCCAUCUCCACCUUCUCUGUGCAGGGAUUGUCAGACCCCUCCACUUCCACAUGCCAACCACUGGGCCACUUGGCAUAAAAAAGCCAGAGCUGGGACAAUGGUGGGGUUGAAAUUCAAGGGCUUUAAUCAGAGUGAUUCUGACUGACUGGCAAAAUGUGAAACGAAGCCUACAAGGGUGGCAAACCACUAGCAUCUCUUCUCCUUGCUCCGUCAUUAAGAGGAAGGGUGGGGGACAGGCCUUCAUUCACCUGGGGUACCGAUAAAGCUGGAUGUGCUCUCACAGCCUGAAGGGGGUUACCAGUAAUGUUUUUUUAAGACACUCAUGGAAAAGCUUUAACAGACAGGGUUGAAAAGUAGUGGGGGAUCGGAGCUGACUGCAAUGGUGAGCAGCCCUUCCCUGCCCUUAAACAAUUCAGAGCUGCUCCUGCCGACAGAACUAGGGUGAAGCAUGCAGCAGGCACUGUCGUUCAGAGCUUUCUCUGUAAUAAAUAAUCAAGAGCAGCAAGGGAGGAGGUCUGACUAGACCACUAUUAGCACACGUACUGUCCAAGGACAGGACAGUUCAGCUGUCCAAUUCAGCACCCAUUCUGGAGAACAGGAUGGGAACGAGAGACAAGGAAUGGAGAUCAGGGUACCGGUCCUUUCCCAUUGUGUCCAGCAGCUACAACCACCUACUUAACAGACCUUCAUUCCAACUGUCCAUGGAGCUCGGAACCAGGCCUCUGUCCGAGCUCUGUGAAACGAGUGGGGGGUGGAGAAGGUAUUGCUUUGCCACCAUACCACCUCUCACACCAUGAGAUCACCCACUGAGCUGGUAACCCUUGCUUUGACUUCCUGUUUUAAGACAAUGAACUAAAAGACAGGAGCACAGCCUGUUCCCACUGGAGUGGCACUGUCUACAUAAAUGAGAUGGCUUCCUCAUCACUCUACCUGGAGUAUUUACUUUUUUUUUCUUCUUAAAUUGGCAGUCACUCAUUGCCCCUCCAAAUUAUCAAGAGGGCCACAUAUUACACUAAACAGCAAUAACCCACUUCCAAAACUGGCUUGGUCUUCCAGUGUGGUAAUCCCGCGGAGAGACUUCUGUGAAAGCCUCAAUCUCUCCCUAUAUCUGUUUAGGUUUACAUUGGUUUCUCAUGCAGUGCCCUAGAUAACAUUCAAACCCUCCACGUGUGCCUCAGCUGAAACCUUCCCAGACCUACAUGUGCAAGAGAGAAGUUUGCUCUUACAAAAUUUCCCAGGGGGAUGAGUUGACUUGUGAUACAUCCCCAGAUCCUGUUUAAAAAUGUUCGUUUUAUGCGUUGUACGAGGUGACUGAUGGAUUGUUUUUAAUCACCUGUAUCAAAACUAUUUGUAUAUUUGAUUGUACAUUGUUUUUCUACUCUA